AAGAGAAGAAGAAGAAUUGCAAUCAAUUCGAAAUUCGUACAAAGAUUCAAGUGCGCGGGGUAAGCUAUCCUGCGCACCCACCCACUAGCGAACUCGCUCCGAGGACCAAAACGGGAAGUAGAACCUUCAUGCUCGCAUCAAAUCCACCCGAUCGAAUGAACGGCCUCGAUUUCUUCUUCUCCCCUUCUCCCCCCGUCGCCGGAGAAGAUGACGAUUGGGGAGAGUUCGUCGACUCUUCCCCUAAUCCAAACGGCUUCUCCGCAGAUCGAACGCCAACGCGGAUCGAAUCUGAGAAGAAUAGCCAGACGCAGUGGGUUACUCCUCGUGGUCCGGUGCCACUCUCUGUGUUCGGAGAGGCGGAGGAGGAGGAGGAGGAAGAAGAUGAAUCAAGAGCGCCGCUUCCUCCGUUUAAAUUCUCAUUCGAUUCCUUCUCUCCGAAACACAACGGAUCUGCGAAUACGAAUCCUAGGGUAGAGAUCAGUGGCCUAAUCGCGAAUCUGUAUAGAGAGAGCGAACAUAGUAACGAGAUCAGUGGAAAUGAGAAAGAGCCAGGUGUCAGUUUGGAGAGUUUUAGCUGGAAUCCAUUGAAUCUAGCUUCAGAGAGAUCUGAGAAGACUAGCAAUGUGGAUCCAACUUCUUCGGAUUUGAGUUUUGUCAAUAGGAAUGAUGAUGAUGACGAUUUUGAUGAGGGUUGGGAGUUUAAAGCAGCCGAGUCUGUUUUGGAUCCAACCUCUAAGGAGGAGCAAGAGAAAGCUGGAAAUGGAUCUGUUGUGGUUAAGAGCGCAACAGAUUUUGAUUCAAGCAUGUGGAGUUCACCAACAACUGGUAAACGAGAAAACGGAGAUGAUGGUGACCCUUGGGGUAAUGGUGGAUGGGAGUUUAACGUUGCUGAGACGAAGAAGGAUUUAACAAACAAGGAAUCUAACGGUUGGGGGUUCGGGUUUGGUUUUGAACAUGGUUCUGAGAUGGAAACAACCACUUCUUACCAUUCAAACAAUGGUAAAGAUCUGCAUAAGGAGGCAAAUGGCUCGAUUUCAUCUCCAAGUAAUGCGAAUGUGAAUCCUGAAGGAUCUUCUUGGGCUUUUAAUCAGGCAUCUUUAGAUACUGGAAACGAGAAAGAGGAAAACGAAGUGCUGCCAGACAAGCCAAAGGGAGUCUUGCCGCUGUCUUUUUUUGAGGACGAAGCAUUGGAAACUUCUGAUAAUUCGGUUCAUGAGGAUAAUCUUGUUUCAACUUUUGAUUUCCCCGUGAAAGAGAAAACUAAGGCUCCAAGUCAAACUGUGUCCAUCAGUGACCUGAUAUCAAGUUUAUACAGUCAGGUGGAGGAGAAGAAUGCUGCCAAUCUGUCAGAAAAGUCUGCCACAGUAAAUGGUGAGGAUGAGUCAUGGGAGUUCCAGGGCCCUACAAAGACCAUAACAGAUUCGAGCUUAGCAGAAGGUGGUGAUGAUGAUUUUGACAGUACUUGGGAGUUUCAAGGUCCUUCUCUGCCCUUGAAAAACUCUGAUGCUGCGGAUGAGGUUGACGAUGAUUCCUGGGAGUUUCAAGGUCCAGCACAGCCUGUGAAGGAUAAUACAUUGAGGGAAGGAGACAAUGGUUUGUGGGAAUCUAAACAAAGUUCAGUGGAAAAUGAAGUUGGGAAUCGGUUCUCUGUUCCAAAUGGUUUUGGAAAAUCGCAAGAAGAAACAGUAAUCACCAUAGACCUUAAUGAUUACCGAGAUGUCUUUCAUAAGCUGAAGACUGAACUAUACUACCUUGCCCUAAGCCAUCUUGAGACUUUAAAGGAAGCUCGUGACUUGGCUGCUAAUUCUGAUGAAGUCGCUGAAGCUCAAAAAUAUGACGAUGAAAUACAGGAUCUGCAAAACAUGCUGAAAAAUGAUGUUUUGAUCGGUGAGGUCAACGUAGAAAGUCUCCAAGUUAGAUCAUCUGGCACUACUGAACUUUAUAAAGUUCUCCAAGAGCCAAAGUUUCGAACAGUUGAUUCAGAUGAUCUCCUUUCAGAGAGACUGUUAUUAGCAGAGAAGGACUGGAAAUCAACGAUUGAACUUCUCAAACACGCCACGUUGACCCUGAAGGUCCUAAACUUGGGUUCACAUGAGCAACAGUCAAAAUACGCUUCAACUUGGUUAGUCAUCGCUAGGACCUGCGCUCAAGAACUGCGACAUGCUGCAUGUAUUUGGAAACAGGUGAUUCAAAAUGAUGUUCAAGAAGAAAUCCUAUCUAAACCUCAAGGGAAGCGCUAUCUUCUCUCAGUAGGAGAAAUUUACAGAGUAGUGAAAAUCCUGAGAGCCUCGACGAGACUAUAUAAACCGUGGAUUGUAUUAUUUCCGACAUCAUCUACUGUGUUGGCUGUUCUGGACGAAUGUGUGGAGUUGUGGUUAAGCUCUGGAUUAGAAGAAGCUCUUCGGAAUAAUAUCAUCCGUCUUCAAGGAGUUGAGAGUAACUAUUCUGCUGAUCAACUUCUAGAAUCAAUCAGAUGUAUAGACGAAGUUGACGCCUUCACACUUCACGCCUCACCUACCUGCUGCAUUUCUGCUCUAAAUACUGAAAUAGUACCAGGGAUUAAGAUGGUGGAGUGGAACGGAGAGCAUUACUUGGUGUCUCUUGCUAAUCUAUGGGCUAAUCUGAUCAGCCCCGCUUCACCCGACCUCGCUGGCCAUGGUCUUUUCACCGGGUCCUAGAAAAAACGUACACAGCGAUUCAUUACUCCCCUGCAUACAAAGCCAAUGGUCAGCAGAGAGCAUUUUCUACUAAAACAUAGAUCCGUCCAUAUAUCUAUAUUUAUUUGUUUAUAAUAUUUUAAGAUGGUUUGGGUCAUUUUAUUGUAUGCCAUAUAUCGAAUGGGUUUGGUGGUUUCAUUAAUUGAGCAGGCUUUACAGAUGAUUUGUUUUGUCCGAACAAACCAAUAAAUUAAUAUAAUCAAUUCGUUUUUCUGUU